AUGUUUCCAAUUAUCCCGGCGCACAUGUUGAAUGGAACACCAUCAACAUCAUUGGAAAAAAUGGCAUUGAAUCCAAGCAAUGCCAGUUAUUCGAAUGCGUUUCCAUUUUGGAACAUUUGGACGGAGGAUUUCUUACGACGAAAAUACAUUUCGACCACAACAAGUGAUUGCCUUACAAAUCAUUCGAUCGAAUCGAUGACAACAGAGCUUAAAAGUCGCGAUAGCAAACGUAUUAAAAUUGAACCAAAACCAAAUCGUGGAUCAUACGCAAUUGAAGCAAUUCCAAAAGAUUCGAAAUCAAGAUCGUUCGAUUGCAUCGAUUUAAAUGGCGAACGAGAUGCGAAAUGUAAAAGUUUUAUCAGUAUUGAUUCAUCCGGAUAUAUUACUAAUGAUCAACAUUACUCGGAGAGCGUAUGGUUGCGAAGCUUAAGUUUGGCCGAUGAUACAUACAGUCAUAACGCGCAAUUGGAAAUCACCAGUGAUCAUAGAUUGCGCGUCCGAAUCGUGAAGAAUUUAGUGAUCGACGAAGAAGUUCAAUUGUGGUUUUCCGAUGAAAUACUUGGCAUUUUGGCGGUACCAUUUUUUCUAACACCUGCCAAUAUUUUAGGAAAGAAUUGUUACAAAUGCAUCGAAUGUCAAAAAACGUACGAAAAUCCAAAUCCAUUAAAAAUGCACUUGGCCACAAAAUGUAAUCGAUACACCAUGGAUGAUUUAUGGUCUCGACUAAAUAGCAUAUUGCCAUUAAAAUCGUACACAUUAUCGCAGCCAAUAAGUCCAUUCCGUCAAUCGGCUCCAAUUCAGAAUGUUGAAAAUACAACGAAAUUUCUAUCGCAUGAUGCGGAUCGAUUGCGUCCGAGUAUACCAUUUGUGCCUUCGUCGAGUCCACAUUACCCGCCAAUAGUUAGUCAAUCAAGUAGCAGUAGUUCACUGAAUCCAUCAUUUCAAGCGUUUACAUUACAAAAUCUACAUCAAUUGUCUGCCUUUCAACCAGUUCCUAUGUCCAUAUCGCCGCCACAAAUUCAACCAUUUAUCGCAUCACAUUCAGCACACGCCUAUCAUCAUCAUAGCCAUCAUCAUCAUCAGCAUUCGCAUCCACAUUCGCAAGUGAGUCGUUCAUCAAUUCCAUCGUCCAGUACGAAUACGAUGGCAUCACAAGGUGAAAAAGUUGUUGCCGCCGCUGCAGCCCAAUUAGAGACAAUCGUCAGCAAUAUGGGAACAUCAAAACAAGGACAUAUAUGCAUUUAUUGCGGUAAAUUGUAUUCACGUAAAUAUGGCCUUAAAAUUCAUAUAAGAACACACACGGGAUUUAAACCGCUCAAAUGUAAAUAUUGCCUGCGGCCAUUCGGUGACCCAAGCAAUUUGAACAAACACAUUCGAUUGCAUGUUCAAGAAAAAUCGCUAUACAAAUGUCAUGUGUGUAGUAAAAUAUUGGUUCGACGUCGGGAUUUGUUGCGCCACAUGAAUAUAAAGCACAAUGUUACGGAAGACGACACAACCAAUGAAGGUCAUCAUCAACAGAAAUGUGUCGAUGGAGAGUGUGAGAGUGAUAAUAUGACGGUUGUAUCGUCCGCAAAUGGUUUCAAUGAAACAAACAGCAGUCGAAGUAACAGUGUAAAUAGUGUAAAUAUUAGUUCGAAUGAUGAUGAUGACGAUGAAGACGACGACGACGACGAUGAUGAGGAUGAAAAUCAUGGAACGACUGCCGACGACGAUGAUUUUGAUGUGAGCGUCGAUGUUGACUAAAAUACAGAAUCGAUUCCAAUAUUGCAUUGAAAAUAAAACAAUACCAAAGAUUUACCACCAAAGGAUUUAUUUACCAUAAAUGUACCUGUUAAGAAACUGUAUCGAAUUUCAAAUUCAGCACACAGCCAAUUGCUGCCAAAAUGUAAACUAUUUACUUUAUUCAGUUUAUGAAAAUCCAAGCCUUCAAACUAAAAAAACAAAAUA